GUGCCUCGUGGGCGCAUGCGCAGCGGCCCCCACGGUAAAUAGGGCAGUUUCUUAGGCCAGCGUGAGACCUCGAGGUCUGAAGAUAACUGUCGCUGCCGCCUUGCCUUCGCCUCGUCCACGCCCGAGCCGGGUCACAGGCUCCUGAGCUCCUUCUGCUCCUCGUCGCCGGCUUCCCUCCGCGGCGCGACUCUCAGGGCCAAAAUGAGUCUGUUUGGAACCACCUCGGGUUUUGGAACCAGUGGGACUAGCAUGUUUGGCAGCACAACCACAGAUAAUCACAACCCUAUGAAGGAUAUUGAAGUAACAUCCUCUCCUGACGAUAGCAUUGGUUGUCUAUCUUUUAGCCCACCCACCUUGCCGGGGAACUUUCUCAUUGCAGGAUCCUGGGCUAACGAUGUUCGCUGCUGGGAAGUUCAGGAUAGUGGACAGACUAUUCCAAAAGCUCAGCAGAUGCACACUGGGCCCGUGCUUGAUGUCUGCUGGAGUGAUGAUGGGAGCAAAGUAUUUACAGCAUCAUGUGAUAAAACUGCCAAAAUGUGGGACCUCAACAGUAACCAGGCGAUACAGAUUGCACAGCAUGAUGCUCCUGUUAAAACCAUACAUUGGAUCAAAGCACCAAACUACAGCUGUGUGAUGACGGGGAGCUGGGAUAAGACUUUGAAGUUUUGGGAUACACGGUCAUCAAAUCCUAUGAUGGUUUUGCAGCUCCCUGAAAGGUGUUACUGUGCUGACGUGAUAUACCCUAUGGCCGUGGUGGCAACUGCAGAGAGGGGCCUGAUUGUCUAUCAGCUGGAGAAUCAGCCCUCUGAAUUCAGGAGGAUAGAAUCGCCGCUGAAACACCAGCAUCGGUGUGUGGCCAUUUUUAAAGACAAGCAGAACAAGCCGACCGGUUUCGCCCUGGGGAGCAUCGAGGGGAGAGUCGCCAUUCACUACAUCAACCCUCCGAACCCCGCCAAAGAUAACUUCACCUUCAAGUGUCAUCGCUCUAACGGGACCAACACGUCCGCUCCGCAGGACAUCUACGCGGUAAACGGGAUCGCAUUCCAUCCUGUUCACGGCACCCUUGCAACCGUGGGGUCUGAUGGUAGAUUCAGCUUCUGGGACAAAGAUGCCAGAACAAAACUCAAAACUUCGGAGCAGUUAGACCAGCCAAUAUCGGCUUGCUGCUUCAAUCACAACGGAAACAUAUUUGCCUACGCUUCCAGCUACGACUGGUCAAAGGGACAUGAAUUUUAUAAUCCCCAGAAGAAAAAUUACAUUUUCCUGCGUAACGCAGCUGAGGAGCUAAAACCCCGGAACAAGAAAUAGUGGCUGGAGCCCUGUGGGUCGUUCAGAGUGUUCUCUCCACUCUGCCUCGUCUGUGUGUGAACUUGGGUCCCAGCUUCGGUGGGUUGUCAGCCAUGGAUGUGGAUUUCAACCCCUGGGGGAAACAGUGUCAUCGUCCAGCAGUCAGGAGCCCAGCGGCUGCGGGGACUGCCCGUCUCCACUGCCGGCUGCAGCGUCCUCUGUCGCUGGAAGGGACAGAUUAUCACGGAAGUUCUUAGAUUCAUGUGGGCAGCCGCCAGGGAUUUUGCGGUCUUCGCUCAGCAGUGUGUGUGUUGGGGAACACUGGGCAGCGUCCUGCGAGCCUGUACUGUAUUUUAUAAUAAAGUAUUUUGAAGAUCA